GAUAGCUUCAUCUCGCACAUCCGGGUAACUAUCUCCUCAGUCAGCUCAGGAGUAAACUGAUUGUCCGUCGACAACAGAUCCUUACAAUCAUGGCCUCGGUACUCUCAAUCCGGCGCCCCAUCGCCGCUCUCGCAGCACAAAGCUACCCCCACGCUGCCGUAACGGCCCUUCUGUCCUCACCAACCAGCCCGCGAAGCUUCUCGACAACGCCGAGGCCCCAAACCGCAAGGCUCGCACUCGCAUCGAGUAAUAUCCAACAGUAUCUCUCACACCGGCAGCAGACAGCCCGCCGCCUCAACCACUAUACAACCAAGCCGCCCCGAAGCUGGAAGUUCGAAGACAAACUCAUCCUCGUUGAUGUCCGCGAGCCGGCCGAACUCACCUCCACCGGCAUCAUCCCCACCGCCGUAGCCGUCCCGUUAGCCUCGCAGCCCGAUGCGCUCUUUCUGACGCCGGACGAGUUCGAGACUCGCUUUGGGUACCCGAAGCCUGGGAUCGAGGAAGAGGGCGAUAUCAUUUUCUACUGCAAGGCGGGCGUGAGGGCGAAGACGGCGGCGCAGUUGGCGGUGCAGGCCGGGUAUAACCCGGACAGAAUUGGUGUGUAUGAGGGGAGUUGGUUGGAUUGGGCUGAUAAGGGGGGAGAGUGGAGAAGUGGGAGGGGCCCGAACAUGAGUAGGGUGUGUGACCUGUCUACGAAAUUGCGAUUGACUAUGACUGAUGCUAUUGCGAUGUAG